AUGUCAGAGCUGGAACAGGCCUUCCAUCGGUUUGCUGUAUAUGGAGACACAGCUGCCACCGGCAAAGAUAUGACAGGCAAGAACUUCUCCAAGAUGUUGAAGGAGUGCGGUGUGAUGGAUGGGAAGGCCGUGACCAGCACCGAUGUGGACAUUGUCUUCAACAAAGUCAAGAGCAAGGGUGCCCGUAACAUCACAUUUCUAGAGUUCAAAGAAGCCAUCAAGGAACUAAGUGCUAAACGCUUUAAGGGGAAGUCCCCUGAGGAGGCACUGGAGGCCACAAACAAACUGAUGGAAGGCAAGGAGCCAGGCAAUGUGGGGGCCACGAGAUCUGUCCAUACUGGUGCGGUAGACAGACUGACAGACACCAGCAAAUACACAGGCUCUCACAAGGAGCGCUUUGACGAAAGUGGCAAGGGCAAGGGCAUGGCUGGGCGCGCUGACCUGGUUGAGAACAGUGGAUAUGUUGGGGCCUACAAGGGCUCUGGAACUUAUGACAAGACCCACUAG